CUCCAGCUUGUCAAUUAAAAAAUUUUCAAAUUCUACAUGCGUCCCCAAUCAAAAGAGGCCUAUGUCUAAAGAACGUAAUAUCACGAGGGCGUCGUUAUAGCCGACAAAACGAAAUUUACGAGAUUUCAGUGAAAAUAGCGGUGAUAUCCGAUCCGAAGCAGCCCCUUUAGGGAUCCAUGGAUCGUAUCCAGAGUCAGGGAGUCGGUGUGGACACGCGAUCACGAGGAGCCGUCGAGACGCCGACGCCUACGCCGACGCCGAAGGGGUACAACGACGCCGGCGCCUUCAGUGGAGGCCAGACACCGGGUUAGUCCGGUUCGAACGUGGUUGAACCUCGUUGUCUGUCCCCAGGCCCUGGAGAAACUGCAUCGCCGCCGACCCAUCAUCCGUCAUCGAACUCCAUUCUCCGAUCAUCGUCAAUAAUCAUUGUCUUUUUGCUACGAUUAAUCGUUCGAGAUGUCACGGCCAUUAUCUAAGGGUUUCUCACAAUUUUCGGCGAGAGGACAGAUGGAAAGGCGGCGAGCACCGUUUCUCAGAGGCCCCAGUAAAACAAGAGAGGGAGACAGAAACAGAAGUACUAGAAUGGACCCUGCAGGUAGUGUAACAGGUGGUACAGAAGAUCGCAUAAGCGAUGAAGAUCUCUCACCAGACAUAUUGGUUAGACAAAAUUAUGAAUUGCGUCAUCGUUUGGAAGAAGAAACUGCAAACUAUAAAAGACGUCUAGACACAUAUCGCCAAGCACAGCAACAGCAAGCUGCUCUUGUUUCCCGUUUACAAGCCAAAGUUUUACAGUAUAAACAAAGAUGUUCCGAACUCGAAAACCAAAUGGCCGAAUCUGUUACGUAUGAAACUAACAAAGUUUCAAGUUCUGUACCACCGGCAAACUCUGCUUUAGAUGCAGCUCAACAAACAUUAAGAGAAAUACGCGAAGAACAAAUUCAUGAUCUAGAUACUGCUUUGAAAAAACUUUCAGAUGAACGUAAAAGGUGUGAAAAGUUAUUACAAUUAAAUACAACUUUGAAAGAUCAAUUAGAAGAAUCUCAUCAAACAAAUGAAGCACUUACAAAUGAUUUACAAAAACUGAGUAACGAUUGGGAUAUCUUGAGGGAAGAAUUGGCUGUCAAAGAAGAAGAAUGGAGAGAAGAGGAACAGGCUUUCAAUGAAUACUAUACUUCAGAACACAAUAGACUGUUAAAUCUUUGGCGUGAUGUUGUUUCCGUGAAACGAUUAUUCGCGGAGAUAAAAUCUAAUACAGAAAGGGAUCUAUUAAAAAUGAAAAACAGUAUUAUUUCGACCUUUAACGAUGUUUCGUCAGCUUGUAAUAACACAGGAUUUGCUAUGAGAAUGCAUGCAGCUAUGCAACCGGUGAUAUCUCAGCACGUUCAGCAAGCACAAGAGCAGGAAGUAAACGAAUUGAGGACUGAAUUAACGGCAGUUAAGCAACGAUAUGAUGUAGCACAAAAUGAGAUUCGUUCGAAAGAAGAAAAGAUUAAUCAACUUGUUCGCGAUGUUCAUAAUCUGGAAGAGAAAUUUGGGGAGGCAGAAGCAGAAAUGCAUCGCAAUGUACGUAUACAAGACGACAUUGAAAUUUUACAGUCUGCAUUGAAAGAUAUAGCGCAUAUUGUAAUCCAAGAUGCGGAAAGUCAGGAUAUCGAAAAUACGCAACCGCCUCCUCAUCUUCAUUUAUCCCCCACUGGACCGAUCCCUCAAAAAUCACCAAAAAGAGGUACAAGAAGCAACACCAUUCCAGCUUUUGCUGAAAGUACUAUCAGUGCUGUACAAUCAGCUCUGCAUAAAUAUCAGUUAACUAUACACGAGCUUCAGGUUAAAUUGCAAACCAACAAAGAGCAAUUGCUAACGAGUCGCAAACAGUGCGAGAACGCGGAAGAAAAUGUUAAAACUUUAGAGAAAAAAGUAGAAGAAUUGGUCACUGAGUUAGACGCAACUCGAUCACAAUGUUCACAGCUUGUUCAAGAGAAAGAUAUGUUACAGAAAAGUCUUGAUAUUGUAAGAUUAGAGAAAAAUGCACUCGAUAAAAGUAGAGUGGAAAUUAACAGUAUGAUGGAAAACUUGAACAGUGAUUGUGAGAAACUGCAAAAAGCUAACAACAGGUUGCAAAAGCUUUGUGAUAAUUUAGAAGAUGAAAAAUUAUAUCUUCAAAACGAGGUCAAUAGAUUAUCCAAGGAUAUAGAAUUAAGGGAAUUAAAUCUCCGAUCAGAAGAAGACAGAUGUAGCAAGAUGAGAGAAGAAUUAUUAACGUUACGGGAAGAAUUAAAUAAGGCGUAUCUUGCAAAGGAUAUGCUCGAACAGCAAAAAUUAGAAACUGAUGGUUUAAUUUCGCAGAUUGAAAAAAAUAAAGGUGACUUGGAAUUAGAAUUGGAAAGAGUAUUGUUAGAAAAGUCAGAUAUGCAAGAAGUUCUCAUGAAGCUAGAAACUCUUUGCAGCAAUCACGAGCAAGAAAAACAACGACUGGAAGAAGAACUAAAAAAGGUAACGGAGGAAAAAAAUAAAUUUGCAAGUCAAUGCACUGAUCAACAAGGUGAUUUAGGUUCUUUGAGAAAAGAAUUACUUCAAGCAGAGCAAACUAGACUAGAUUUAGAGUCCGAAAAAGUUGCGUCAAACGAGAAAGUGAAGUUUUUGGAAAUUGAAAAAGAAAAGAUUGAAAUGGAAUUGGCACAAGUCACGCGAGAACGUGGAGAUUUGAGUAACCAAUUAUCGGUGUUAGCACGGAAGAAGGAAACAUUGAACGAAGAGUUAAUGAGACUUAGGCAAAGAUUAGAACAAGCAAAUGAAAUGAAUGGAAGAAUUAAUCGAAAUUUGGAAGAUCUUGUAAAAGAUAAUGAAGAGAAACAAGUGCUUUUAGAAACAAACGAAAAAGAAGUUCAGAGAUUACAGGAGCAACUUGCAUCAAUGCGUAGCGAAAAAGAAACUUUGGAAGGUGUGUUAUUCGAUACACAAAGUAAUUUAGAAAAUAUGCACGCGAAAAAGACACAAUUGGAGAAAGAACAGAAAGAAUUGUUAGUGAAACAAGAAAAUUUGAAAGGACAAGUAGAAAGACUAAUGAAGGAAUUAGACAACAGUGAAAAGAGAGCACAGGAAAUAAAACAAACUUUAACGCAACAAAGUGGCGACCAAGAAGCUGAGUUCCAUCAAAUCAUUUCCAACAUGAAGAAACAUAGCGAAGAGAAUAUUAAAAAAUUGACGGAAGAAAAAGAACAGAUAAAAGUGAGUUUGGAAAAACGGCUUCAACAGUCGUUGUUACAACUUGGCGAAGAAAAAGAUAAUGAGAUUAAUCAGCUGCACCAGAAGAUCGAUGAACUCCAACAGCACAUAGAAAAUUUGUGUCAACAACACGAAGAAGUUCUUCUUAGAGCAGAGAAUGAUAAACAACAAGCUCUUCUGAUAGCUCAUCACGAUCAGCAAGCAUUGGUGGAGAAACUCGAAGGCGUAUUGCGUGAAAUGGAAGAAGAGAAAAGUAACGUGGAACGAGUUAAAAGAGAAGCUGCAUCGCGUGCCGAACAAGAGCGUAACAAUACAAAUCAGUUACGCGACGAAUUGAGUCGUCUCAAAACAAAAUUAGACGAAGCUAAGUUGAAAGCCGACGAGGAAAAGAUCAAACUGGAACUGAAAGUCGAAGAACUGUGGAAAGAAAGAGAAUUGGCGCAAAGGGAAUCCGAGGAAUUGCAAGUCCAGUUACAUAUGACAGAAGAUAGAGUUGAUAGUUUGCAGAAUCAGUUGCAAGAGACGAUCAGAAAGCUUAAAGAUGCUGAAAAUCUUAAUGAAACGUUGCGGAAAGAGUUAAUGGAUGUUAGAAGGCAGCUAACUGAUUCCACGUACGAAAAAGAAAAGUACAAUAGCAGUAACAAAGAAUUGCGGGAACACGUGAAGCGUAUUGAGAGUGAAAAGAGAGAACAGAGUAGAACGUUGGAGGAAGCGUAUCAGAAGAUUGCAGCGUUGGAAGAUACAAAAGUAAACAUAGAUGCCGAAAGAUCUCGUAUACAAACGCAGUUUCGCGAUGUGGAACGAGAAAUGUUGCAACUUCAGAAACAGCUUCGUUUUACGCAGGAUGAAUUACAAAAGUCCCAUGAUUGUAACGCACAGGCACAGAAUGAUGAAAAGGAACUGCAUGCUCGCUUAGCGAAUGAGACUGAAGAAAGAGAACGUUUGCAACUCCAAUUGCAUCAAGUAAAGAAGCAGUUAGUAGACGUGGAUAAUAGUUUGAAAGUAACGAGACAAGAAUUGGGAAGAUUGCGUUCGCGUUCGGAUGAAGAGAGCGAAAGAUGGAGAGCCAGAGAACAAGAGUUAAUAGUUAGACUGGAAGACAGUCGAUGUCGUGAAAGAAAACUUGAGGAUCAGAAGCAUAAUCUGGAAGUUUGUCUGGCCGAUGCUUCUCAACAGAUUCAAGAACUCAAGGCACGCCUUGGAGGAUCCGAAGGUCGGGUUCGAGCUUUAGAUGCACAGUUGUCACAACUUGAAAUGGCGAAGAAGGAAGUGGAGCAGAAAUUGAGUAGUGUUGGCUCUACUUUACGACGUAUCGCGGGAAUUCAAAUGGAUGGUAGCGUUAAUAUACCUUUUAAAGUAAUGAGUCCUUCGAGAAGAUGGAGUCCAGCAAGAGUGCAAGACCAUAUUGACUCUAGCAGAGAUAUGAUACUUGAUGUUGACCCUGAAAUUAUCAGGAAAGGUGUGAGGUCUCUCAUGCAACAAGUAGCUCAAAUUGAACGAGAAAGGGACGAUUAUAAAACAGAGUUAUGCAACUUACAAAAGCAAUUGACAGAGUGUCAAGAAGUUCAAAAUAGAUCAGAUGCUCAAAUAAAUAAUUUAUUGACGAACUUACGGAUAUUACAAGAUGAGAAGAACUCGUUGGAAGUAAAACUUUCUCAAAAACAGAGCGGUUACGACAUGCAGUUAAACGCUUUGCAACAAAAGGUGGAAGAGUGUGAACAAUUGCGUGAGAAAGUAACGAAUCUUGAAUUGAUGAUCAACAGCGGUUCUGAAGAAAAAGCACAGUUUGAGGAGAAGUUAGACAAACUGAAGCAAGCUUUGAAUAGAGUGGAAAAUGAAAAACGUAAUCUGCAAGAAGAGCUGAGUAGAAGUGAGUCACGUGCCACCAAGUUAGAAUUACAAAGAAUGUCAUUAGAAGGCGACCUUCAAAGAUUACAAAUGAUGUACCAAGAAAAAGAAACAAAUAUUCAUAAGUUACAAGAACGCAGUGAUAUUCAAAAUCGGGCCAUGGCGAGUUUAGAAGAACGUUGUGCUUCGUUGAAGUCCACAACGGAACAACUAAAUCUUGCACUGGAAAAAGCAUCUAAUACAGAAAGCGAACUAAAAAAUGAAAUUAAUUCUUUGCAACACCAAGUUAUGGAAUUAACAACUUCCCUACAGACUUCUAAUGAAAAGACCAAACAGUUACAAAAACAACUUUCGAAUGCUGAAAACGAACGCAGAAUUCUAUCAGAGCGAGCAGAAUCUCUGCAACAGUCUUUAAGCGAUCUGAAACAUACGAAUCAAACGUUAACGGAUCAAAUUAAUCGUCUACAAAAUGAAUUGGCGAACAAUGAAGUACAACGUUGUGCCUUAGAAUCUCAAUUGAGAAUAGUUGCUUAUCCGCAAGAAGAGAGUACGAAUAGAGACGAAGAAUUGUUGAGGCAGCUGCAGACAGCUCAGAGAGAGCGAAGUGAAAUCAGAGGAAAAGCAGAAGCUCUCAAUGAAAAGGUGAAAUUAUUGGAAGCAGAUAAGCGUAAUCUAGAACGUCAGUUAUCGUUAUACAAAUCAACUAGUCGUAGUAAAAGUUACGAGCGUCCUGAAAAAGCGCACGCAGAACUGUUAGGUACAAGCUUCGACAUUGAUCACUACGAACAAGAAAACAGAGAACUGAGAUUAAAAGUGCGCAGAUUAGAAACUCAACUUGCAGAAAAAGAGGCAGAACUUAUCAGAGUGAAAUCGAGUUACGUUCAUACGCAUUCAAUAUAUGAUUUUAGUCGGGACAGAAUGGGAGAAAUUGAAAGACUUAGAGCAGCUCAGUUGCAGGCAGAAAAAUUGUUAGAGGCAAGGGAACAAAGUCAUCGUCAGCAAGUUUUGCGUCUGGAAAAUCAGAUACAGUUAUUACGUGAACAACUUAAUCAAGAAAUAAAACGUCGGCAAUUAUACGUGUUGAGAAGUUCAAGAGCUGGUAGAGAAAUGCAACAGUUACGGCAAGCUUUGGGUGAUUCACUGAGAACAGUAUCGCAAGAUCCGUCAUUGGACGCAGUAUUGUUAGAACACGAGGCUAGAAAAUUGGAUUCCACUCUGACAAGUACCACCAGUUUACCACCAUCUUUAGUUUUACCUCAGUCAUCGUCUUAUGAUAGAUCUUCCACGCCAGCACAGCUCAAAGUGAAAAUGUCGGACAGUAUAAAAGUUGCCAUUAAAGUAAGACCCUUGAUUAAACGCGAGAAAGACGAAAACCUACCGAUACAAUGGGCAGUUCAAGGAAAUUCUAUUGUUUCCACAGAUUUAGAAAUGAAAAAGCGUGGAGAUGGAGGAUUCUGUUUUGAUCAUAUUUUUGAUAUGAACACAUCUAAUUCACACAUAUUUGGUACUAUUGUGAAACCGAUUGUUAAUGCUGCUGUAAAUGGUUUUAAUGGAACAGUAUUUGCAUAUGGUCAAACAAGUUCUGGUAAAACAUACACUAUGAUGGGUACCAUGGAGGAGCCUGGCAUUAUACCACUUGCUAUUGAACACAUGUUUGAUGCUAUUGCUAACACUGCUGGUCGUGAAUUUUUAUUAAGAGUAUCAUAUUUAGAAAUAUAUAAUGAAAGAGUUAAUGAUCUUUUGAACAAGGGUGGCACUGAUUUAAAACUGAAAGAAGAUAGUAGUGGGCAGGUGAUUGUAAAAUGCAAAGAAGAAAUUACAAAUAGUCCUGAAAACGUGUUAGCUAUAAUGAAGAAGGGAGAUAAAAACAGGAGAAUAGGAGAGACUAACAUGAACGAGCGUAGUAGUAGAAGUCAUACCAUAUUCAGAAUUACAAUUGAAAGCAGAGAAGCUGCAGGAGAUUCAGAUGGUGCCAUUCAAGUAUCUCAAUUAAAUUUGGUAGAUCUUGCUGGGUCUGAAAGAGCCCGGCAAACAGGAGCAACUGGCGAGAGAUUCAAAGAGGGGAGACACAUUAACUUGUCUCUUUCUACAUUAGGAUUAGUAAUUAUGCAAUUAAGUGAAUCACAAGAUGGUCAAAAACACGUUAAUUUCCGUGACAGUAAACUAACAAGGUUACUGCAGAAUUCAUUAGGUGGUAAUGCUAUGACUGCAAUAAUAUGUGCUGUAACUCCUGCUGCUUUGGAAGAAACUCAGUGUACUUUAUCUUUUGCAUCUCGCGCCAAAAGUGUGAAGAACAAGCCACAAGUUAAUGAAGUUAUGUCUGAUGCAGCGCUCUUAAAACGAUAUGCAAAACAAUUAGUUAAACUCCAAGAAGAAUUACAGAGAAUAAAACAUGAAAAUCGGUCCGCGGAAAUGGAAGAAAUGGAGUCUAAACUGCAAGAAAAAGAUCGUAUUAAUCAGUUAUUGGAAGAGCGCAUAGAACUAUUAAAAACUCGCAUUGUUUCCGGAGAUAUUACGAAUCAAGAAGAAUCAUUCAAAUGCAGAUCUAAAAGAAGACAGACAUGGGGUGGUCCUGGAAUGUUUAACCAACACUUAACUGUUUUUCAGCCUAAAACUAGUUUACCGACUAUAAAAGAAGUAUCGUUUGAAAAGUCGGAUAGGAAAAGUAUCAUUCAAUCAAUGGACUUUAUGCAUCAAACAUUUCAAACAGAAUUUGCUGACUUCGAAUUAGAAUUAUUUGAAAGCGAACGAGAUCGCGAGAACAGCGACAGUGAUGACGAGCCGUAUAUUACAAAACGUAAUCAUCGUGUUACAUUUAAGGACGACGUAUACACCAUUAAAUCUAGGAACAACAGCUUCGAAAAUUCACCGGAAAAGUAUGAGACAGCAACUCAAACAACAAGUUAUCAGUUCUCUCCAUCCACUCCAAAACAUGUUUUACGGCAACGCAUCACUGAUUUGACGAAAGAGUUCACAGAACUCCGUGAGUUUACUACUUUAGAGAAACAAGUACUAUGUCAAGAAAAUCAUUGUUUCGCACGAGAAGAGGCACAAAUUCUUCUAGGGAUGAAAAAUCAAUUGGAAUGUGGUAUUGGUUUAAACGAAGUUGAAGAAAUAAAUGCGGCCAUAGCAGGCUAUGACAUGGGACUUAUUUCGGAGGUAAAAAAACGACUAACCGAUCUUAAUCUUACGGAAGAAAAGGAUGUAAAUCGCAUAAUUAUUGAACUGUGCAUAAAAUUGAACGAAGUUGAGAAACAAAAUUCCUUGGAAAAAGAUGAGCGUCGUAAACUAAUGGGACAGUAUUCAAAAUUGGAAAAGCAGAUUGAAAAUGUGACUGCUGAAAGAAACGAAUUUGAAUUUAUCAGUCGCGAACUGCGUGCAGAACUAAAGAAGAAAACAGUGGAAUUAGAGUUAAAGAACAUGUCAGAGGAGAAUAUGAAACAGCCAGAAUUGAACAAAAUUUCAGAACUGGAGAAACAGAUUGAGAGUAUCACUUCUGAGAAAAACCAAUUCGAACGUAGUAACAUGGAGUUGCGUGCCGAAUUAUCGAAGAAGACUACAGAAUUGCAAAAGCAGAUUGAAAUUAUUAAUUCCGAAAGAAAUGAAUUCGAACAUAUACGUCGUGAAUUGUGUAAGGAACUGAAUAAAAAAUCUUCAGAAUUGGAAAGAUUGAAGAAUGGUUCAUAUGUUGAAGAUGUGCAGACAGUGGAAGCAGGGAAAGAGAUUGAAAGUAUGAAGUCCGAGGAACAGAAAUCUGAGCAAACUAAUGGAGAAUUAGAAUCUGCAAUAAAUUCAGAAUGCGUUAAAAUUGAAACUGUAAUGUCUGAGGAAAACAAUGUUGAAUGUAUUAAUCACGAACUUGAUGCAAAAGCAACGCCUCAACAAACUGAAAGUCAAAAAACAGUGGAACUGGAAGAAAUAAUUGAAAGUUUAACAGUAAAGAACACAGAACUUGAGAGUACCAUUAGUGAGCUACAUGUUGCGUUAAAUCAAAAAACUUCCGAACUUGAAAAUAACAAAGUAUUACAAGAAACAGAACAUCAGGAAGCUACAGAAAAGAUCUCUAGACUAGAAGAACAGAUUGAGAACAUGACAUUCAAAAAUAAUGAACUGGAACGUAUCACUGCUGAACUACGUACUGAAUUGAAUGCGAAGAUGUUAGAUGAAGCGGAGAAUCAGAAGAAUCUGGAAAAAAUUUCUGAAUUAGAGUCACAGGUUGCUAACAUAACAACAGAGAAGAAUGAAACGGAACGUAUGCUUAGUGAACUACGUAUUGAAUUGAAUCAGAAAACUUCCGAACUUGAAGCUAAUAAAGUAUUACAAGAGACUGAAAAUCAAGAAACUACAGCAAAGAUCUCUAAACUGGAAGAACAGAUUGAGAACAUGACAUUAAAAAAUAAUGAAUUGGAACGUACCAUUGCAGAAUUACAUGCUGAAUUGAAUAAGAACUCUUUUGAAUUGAAUGAGGAAAUUUCUGAACUGAAGGGAAAAUUAUUAGAAGAGAAUCAGGAGAAAGUGAAACAAAUUUCUGAAUUUGAAUCACAAAUUACUAAUUUGAUAACAGAGAAGAAUGAGUUGGAUCAAAUGAUUAGUGAAUUACGUACUGAAGUGGAUCAGAAAACUUCUGAACUCGAAGCCAACAAAAAAUUACAGGAAACUGAAAAUAGUGGAACAAUGGAAAAAAUAUCUGAACUAAACAGACAAAUUGAAAACAUGACGGCGGUAAAUAAUGAAUUGGAACGUGUUACUACUGAAUUACGUGCCACGUUGAGCGACAGGACUUCUGAAUUGAAUGCAAGAAUAACAUCAGAAGAAAUGAAAAAUCGUGAAGCCCUGGAGAAGAUAUCUGAACUUGAGAAACAAAUCGCUGAUGCAAUGUCUGAGAAGAAGGAACUUGAAUGUGUAAACGAUGAACUGCAUGUCAAAUUAAAUCAGAAGAUUUCUAAGCUUAAGAGAAACACGACAUUGAACCUAUGUGAAAAUGAGGAGUUAAUGGGAAUGAUUUCUGAAUUAGAGAAAGAAAUCAAUGAUAUAACGUUUGAGAAAUCUGAAUUCGAAAGUAUCUAUAUUGAAUUGCAGGAAGAAUUAGCUCAGAAAACUUCUGAAUUAGAAUUGAAGAUUAUAUCGGAAGAAAAGGCAACGGAAAUGAUUUCUGAAUUAAAUAAGCAAAUUGAACGUGUGACGCUUGAAAGAAAUGAAUUUGAUCGGCGUAAUAAUGAAUUAAAUGUCCAGCUGAAUGAAAAGAUUUCUGAAUUGCAGGCAAAAAUUAUGUCAGAGCAAACUGCAAUGCAGAAGAUUGUUGACUUGGAGAAACAGAUUGAAACUAUUACUUCAGAAAAGGGUGAAUCUGAUCAUGCUAGACGUCAAGAUAUUUUAGAAUCAAGGAGUGAAUAUGAUUACAUAGGCGAGAAUAAAAAUUUGAAAAAUUGCGUACAAAAUUUGGAAGAUAGUCUACUGAAUAUGAAAGCAGAAAAUCAAGACUUGAGAGACCAGUUAGAAAAUCAGUCCAUGUUGUCUUACUCUAGAGUCAAUGAAAGCACUGGAGACAUUUCAAAUUUACUUGUAAACAUGGAAGCAGAGAAAAACGAACUGGAAGAAACUCUUCUAUUAAAAAGUCAGGAGCUAGAGGACAUAAAAAAUGACGUUCGAGAUCUGAAAACAGACAUUAAAAAAUUGCAAGAUACUAUUUAUUUGUUAACAACCGAAAAUAUGGAGAUAGCUACUAAGUUAACUACUGAACAAGAAAACGCAAAGCAGACAGAACUUAAUCUUCAGAAGACAAUCGACGAACUUUAUGCACGAAUUGCUGACAUUACAAACGAGAAAAUUAAUUUGGAAAACGAUUUAGCGACUGUGAAAGAUCAGUUGGAAUCUCUACGUUUUAAAAUGUCAGAAAUACCUAAUGAAGAAAAUUUAUUUGCAACGUAUCAGAGUAAAAUUGAUAAGCUAACAGCGGAAAACAUUGAAUUAUCAACAAUAGUCGCGGAGAGAAAUAAGGAAUUCCAGAAUAUUAAAGAAAGUAAAUCGUUGUUGUAUGAUCACGAAUGUACUUAUAAAGAAAAAUUGGCUAUUCUUACGGAAAAGAAUAAAUGUUUAACAGCGGAAAAUGAUGAGCUUUCAACUGAUUUAAUUGAUAAAAUAGAAGAGAAUGAUAUGCUGAAGGAACAGUGUAAUAUAUUAAAAAAUAAAACAGAAGAAUUGUUGGCAAAAAAUGCGAACUUAGAUGAAAAUGGUAUAGAACAUUUGAAGGUAGAGAAUAAUAAUUUGAAAGGAGAAAUUGCAGAACUGAAGACUAAGGUAACUAUACUGUCUGAUGAAAAUGCAAAGUUUUCAAAUAAUUUAUUGAAAACUAUGGAAGAACUUGAAAUUUCUCGCCAUGAAAAAUCAUAUGAUAAUACCUUACACUUGUCAACAAUAUUUAAAAACACUACAGAGAUUAGUGAUGAAAGCGAGGCUCCACAGGAAGAAAAUUAUGAAACAUUGAAAAACAAAGUUACAACACUACAAAACGAAAUUGAUCAGUUAACAUGUUUGAACAGAAAACUUAGUGACUUGAAAUUAACUUCCUGCAGCCAGUGCUCUCAUUUGAGGAGUCUGAAUGAAAGCCGCAGAUCUCUUAAAUUGGAAUCAAAAAUUUUGAACCAGAAACUCAAAGAUUUACAAAGAAAGUUUGAUCUGAAGUGUCAGAAUGCUGAAAUUCUUAAACAGAAAGUUAAUGAAGACUUGAACCUAAGCGACAAUAAUGAUUCCUUAAAUGUUAGUUUUGUAAACGAGGCGGACAUCACCUUUGUUGAAGAAAAGAUUCAGAAUUUAAAUGAUGAAGUGCAAACUUUAAAGGUUGAUUAUGACAAGUUAUCAAUUCUGUAUGAAGAUAAAUGUAACGAAUUGAAGAAACUUCAGAGUGGUGUUAUUGUAAAUGUGAACCAUACUAAUGACAAUGCAACACUGAAGAAAGAUUUGAACAGGAAUGAAAAUAGAGUAUGUCAAAUUCAGAGUUAUGUUGAUCAAUUAAAGAAUGAAGUGGAUGAAAUGAAGAAAAACAGCAUGAAUUUUAGUACCACGUUUAAUGAAUUUAAAGCAGAGAAAGGAAAUCUAUUACAUGAAAUUGAAACAUUAAGACAACUGAAUGAAGAACUGCAACAAAAGGUAAGGAACAAUGAAAGUACAGCAAUAAAUAAGAUACAAAUUCUUGAAAACGAUUUGAAUAACAUGAGUAAAGAAAUUGAGCAAUUUUCUGCGCGAGAAAAAGAAUUUGAAAGUCAAAGGCUGAUGUUGGAAGUAGAAUUGGAAAACUUAAGAACUGAAGAAGAAAACAAAUGUACACUGAUUGCUCGAUUAAGUAAAUGUAUUUCUAAAUUAAACAGUGGAUUACAUUUAAUAAAAAAUGAGAAAGAUGAUACAGUUGAUUCAAAUAUAAUUAAAGAUAAAGAAAAAGAAUUAGAACUUCUAAAGAAACAAUGUGAAGACUUGCAAAAGGAAAAGAUGCAAUAUAAAGAACAGGAACAGUAUAAUAUGUCAAAAAUGAAGGAGUUAGAAGCAUACAUAAAUAAUUUACAAACAACCAUAAUGAAUAAAGAAUCCUUGUUUACAGAGCUUCAACAGAAAUCAUUUUAUCUUGAACAGCUUCUGCAAGAAAAUGAACAGGAGAAACAUAUUCUUAUGCAGAAAUUACAAGGAGCUGAAAGUGAGGUGCUUAAUUUCAAGAAUAAUCUAGAAUCGUCUUAUAAAAAUGAAUUUAAUUUAAUAUCACUACAAUAUCAACAACGUCUGCAAGAAUCUGAAAACAAUUUACAACAAUUAAAUGAUACAUUAAACAAAUAUGUUGGCGAAAAUUUAAAGUUAACAGAAGAACUCAGUGGUUUACAAAAUAUUAAACACAAGUUUAAUGAAUUGAUGAAUGAAAGAGAGCAAAUACUUAAUGCCAAAAAUAUGCUGAACAGUGAGAAUGAAAAACUGAAAGAAGAAUUAAAUGAUAUUAAAGCAUGUAUGGUUAAAGAAUUGAAAUCCCUUAAAUGUAAUAUAAGUUUGGCAGAUAUUUCAGAUAAAUCCAUAAACAAAAUCUUUACAGUUUUAUUGCAGACGUUUAUAUCGAAAGAGGCCGAGGUAAUUAAAAGUAUACGUGAAACGUGCGAAAAGGACAAACAAAAAUUGGAGGAAGAGAAACAACAGUGCAAAGAUAUAGAGAAACGUACUACGAUAUGGGCUAAAGAAUUGGAAGCAGAAGUCGAGAAGCUUCAGUCUGAGAUCAUGGAAAGAGAGCAUGCCCAUAAAGAGUACCAGAAUAAAAUUUCUCAGUUGGAACACCUUUUGAAAGAGAGCACUAAUGAAAACCAGAUGCUCAAAGAAAAGAUAGAGGAGUUAGAAAUCGAUUUCAGCAAUCUACAAACUGAAUUGGACAAGCAAUGCAAAAUUGAUACCCAGCAAGAAGAGGUGAGAGUUAUUUUACAGAAACGGGAGCAAGAAGCACAGAAGACACUUAAAUACAAGGAAAUGGAGUUGCAAUCAAAGCUCAAAGCCGAAAAGGAUAUGUACGAGAAAAGAAUAAAUGAACUGGUUUAUAGUAUUGAAUCUUACAAAACAAAGAACUUAGAAUUAACUAGCAAUAUUGAGGGACUGGAGGCCAAUGAAAAGCAGCUGAAGAAUAUUAUAGAAAUAAAAUCAAAUGAAGUAAAAAGAAGUAAUCAAAAUAUAGAGCAAAUGAACAUGGAACUUGAACAAUUUUCAGUGGCUUAUAAUAAACUGAAUCAGGAGAUGGAUGAAAAGAAUUCUCACAUUGAAGAAAUUACUGCAAUCUUGAAGAGCAAGUGUGAUACUCUUUCAGAAUACAAAACCAAACUUGAAACGAUUAUACCAGAAUAUGAAAUGUUGAAGGAACAUGUGAAGGACCAAGCAGCUGUUAUACAGCGGCAUAAAGAAGAAAUAGAGACAAUAAGGAAGGAGAGAGAAGAAGAAUUAGUAAUUAUCAAAGAUAAAUUGAAUUCUGAAGAAAUAAAGAGUGCCGGGUUAAGCAAACAACUGAAUGAAUUGAACAAUAAAAAUAUUUCUUUGAUAGAAGAACUGAAUGACUUGAAAGAAAAGUAUGAAGAUCUAAAGGAAGCAAAUAUAAAAUUAGAAAAGAAGAUUCGAAAUAGUACCAGCAAGAUUAAAGCAGAGGCUGAAAUAGAAGAGUUCAAAGAAUUAAACAGAAGAUUGCAAAAUAAUUUGGAAGGCGCGAGCAAUCGUGUGGUGGAACUUCAAGAAGCAAAGAGUCAGACUUUGAAAGAACUAGUUGAUCUGAAAGGUAAAUAUGAACUUACGCUACAGGAGAACGCUGAAAUGAAGACAACAUUAUCGUUGUACAAAUCGAAAUUCUCUACUUCGAGUUCGAUGAUAGACGAAACCAAGUACGACGCACUUUUGUUGGAAAAAAAUAAAAUUGCGUUAGAAUUAGAAGGUAACAAAUUGAUGUUAAAUAGGAAGAACGAAGAACUUAAGCAAUCUGCGAGUAGAAUACAGCAAUUAACGGACGAAAAUAAGGAACUAGAUACGGAGUUGGAUGAGUAUGCAGCGACGAUCCGAGAACGAGAUGCCGAAAUUUCAAAACUAGAAAUUAAAUUGUACGAGGUCGAACAGAAACUGGAAAGUAUUACCGAGGAAAAGAAGCAACUUGAAGAUCAAGUACAAGCACUUAAAAAGUUACAAUCCAAUUUGGAAGGUGCAUCGCACUACACUGCAGAGUUUGAGAAGGAAAGAAAUAAAUUAAUAAAAGAAUUGGAAGCACAGAAAUUACUGUUAAAUCAAAAGGACAAUGAGCUUAAGGUAUAUGUCCAUAAUGUUCAACAGUUAACAAUAAAAAACAAAGAACUUUGUAAUGAAUUGAAUAAAUACAGUAAUUUAUCUUUACGUACAUCAGACGACAGUAUAGUUAAUACUUUAAAAGAAAAGCUAGAAAUGUUUAAGGUGGAAAACAGAAAGCUUAAAAAUGAAAUUGAAGAACUUGAAAUAAAAUUAAAGGCGAGUUCGUAUGAUAGAGGAGUCACGCUAAGAAAAGAGAAUACUAAACAGUUACAAGUUUCACAGAAUAAAAGUGUUGGUGAACAGGAGGAGGAUAAGUAUCAACAGCUAAAAGAUAAGAUUCGUGAGCUAGAACUCGAGAUAGUGUUGAAGAAUGGGAAGAUCGCAACAUUAGAAAUUCAAAUCCAAAGUGAAAACUUCCCGCAUCAAAGGAAGUGUAAAGAACUGCAAGAAUUAGUACUUGCAUUUCGCAAUAAGAAUGCAGCAUUAAAUGCUGAAAUUAAGAAGCUGCAAAAGACCGUGAAUGACGACAACGCGUGGAGUUGUGAGAUUUGUAGGCGAUGGCGUGUAAACAGGAGAGAUCAAGCUUGCCAGACAAUACCUAACACCACAAUACGCUUUUGCGGCAGUAAUAGCGGAGUUGUUGAGGACCAUAUAAAAAUGGAAAAGUUAGAGAAAGAAAAGAACAUAAUGAAAGAGUUGUGCCGCUCUAGACUAAGACACAUAAAAAAAUUAGAAGACAGAAUAAAGGAACUAGAAGAUACUCUUGCUUUAAAAACGAAUUGACACUAUCGACAACAGGCGUCUUACUUUGAGCUAAAAAAUUAUUUUAUUUCUUCAUAACAUGUUUUUAUCAAAGCAUACAAAAAUUCAUUUAUUUAUAUAU